AAAUAUAUAGGUCAGAGCGGACACUGAGCCGAUUAUUACAGCAAUCUUUUGUGUGUCAUAAGACAUUGUAAACACAUACACGUACGCUGUAGGCGACACAGAACAGAAAGAAGAGAGACAGUCGGUACCCUGUACAAAACUGUAUAAGGCCUACCACUCCGAUGGUCACCAUCAGAGCCGACGGAACCGUCAUACUGAAAUAUGCUUGUCACUGAUGACAAUAAAAAUAAGGAGAGUAAAUCCGUAGCCAUGAUAUUGGCACGGCAACCGCAGGAACCAACAGCUAAAGUAGUCUUACAGGAGCAAGGAAGGAGAAAGGGGGAGGAAUUCGGAUUGUCAGAGGCGGUGACCAUCAAAUACACGUAUCCUAUGAAAAUCCUGGUACCAGAACAUGUUGGCAAUGGUACCUGUCGCUGGAUUUUCCCAAUCACAUUUGGUGGAGGGUUGGUAGGUGGUGACAAGGUAUCCAUGGAGAUAGACAUCCAAGAUGGCUGCUGUGGUCUACUGACAAGUCAAGAAGCUACAAAGGUCUAUCAUUGUGAAGAUGGAAAGCAGACAAGUCAGUCGUUUGUAUAUACAGUUGGAGAAGAGGCCUUGCUGUGUGUGUUACCCGACUAUGUUGUGUGUUACAAAGAUGCAGCAUAUACCCAGAUACAGGAGAUCCAGCUAUGUAGUACUGCCAAUGUUGUGUUCCUGGACUGGAUGACCGCUGGCAGGGUGGCGAGGAAUGAAGAGUGGGAAUUCAACAGGUAUCUCAAUAGGACAGAAAUAAAAGUGGACGGGAAGUUGAUAUUUAAGGACCAGGUAGUGAUGCAGGAUUCACCCUACCUUACCAUCCAUCAGUCAAUGAAGGAUUAUCAAGUGAUAGGUACAUGUGUACUACUAGGCAGCAAGCUCCAGGAUAUCUGUGUAAACCUUCAGAAGACUCUUUGUCCAAAAAAGAAAUUUGGCGAGAAGUACAACACAGACACAGUUUGUAGUGCCAGUCCUAUAACAGACAAAUAUGGAAUAUCAGGCCUCUACAUCCGUUUUAUGACAAGGACCACAACAGCUGCCUAUGCAGUGAUCAGUGAUAUAGUUCAGCCAUUGUUGCCAAUACUUGGAGCAGAUCCAUUCCACAAUAAAUACUGACAAAUCCUGUCAAUAUCUGCAGUAAGACUAUCCUCACAGACUGUAUCAUACUUACUCUGUUCAGAGUAUAUAACAAGAAUCUGGUGUUGUCUGGACAACAGAUUUAAAAUGUAUCUGGAGUAGUAAGUAUAAACAGGACUAUAAUUACAACAGGACAAUGGAAUCCCUCACAAUGAGGCAGUCUGGUGAUCGUCAAAAUGGACCAACUACGCACACACAAUUCUUCUGUGAUACAUCUUGCCAUAGUAAAAAGUAAAGCUUCAUAUCUAUCAGAUAUUUAGCAUUCAACUCUUAGAUAUUACAAACUGCAACAAUCAACUGGUUGUAUAGCAGAUUAUUCCAAUUUUAAUCAGGUGAAAAUUUUUACUUUAAAGAAUUUUAUUAUAAUAAAAAAAUUGUACCAUUUCUAUAGCGAGACAUUGUUCUUUUGAUCUCUAAAUAACAACCAGGAUAAUAGGUAUCUGAUGCAAAUAUUUUGAGACUUAAAAAGUUAUCAAAUCUCAUUUUUCACAUAAAUCACUCAUUAAAUCUCGGGAACCAGCAUUUAAAAUGUUGUUAAUCUGCCACACGUGUCUGUUUGGUAUGUAUGAUAUCCAAAGAUUUGUUUCAUCUGAAAUGUUUUAACAUUUGAUGUAAUAGAUAAUUUUUUGAAUAAGUGCCUUUUUACAAACAAAUGUAUUAAAGAUAAAAUGUACAAUAUUAAAUGUAUUUAUUUACUUUU